UAAAAAUGUUUGAAAGUUUGAGGAACUGGCUUUUUCAUGAUGAUUAAGGGGAUUUUGAGCAAUUUAAAUAAAUGAUAAAUUAACCAAAAUUAAGAUUGCCAUCUAAUUUCGCUUAAUAGAUUCUAGAUUUAGAAUUAGAAUUAGAAAAUGAAUAAGUAAAUUAGAAAAUGGUUAAUUAAUUGUUAGAAUUAUAUAAAGUAACUUAAGUAAAUUAAGAAAGCUAGGCACUGAAUAUUAUGGUUAGUAUGAUGACAAGAGAUAUAAAAUAUUUACAGAAAAAGCAAGUUAGCUUUUAAUGAAAUCAAAAAUAUAAAAAGCAUUUGAGCCUAGUUAAAAACUUGAAUCAAAAGAUGCCAUAUCAACAGCAAGAGAGUUUAAUUAAAAUAAUUCUUUAAUGAGGUCUAUGAUUAAUCGAGAUUUAUAGAAGCAAGAAGAAAACAUAUAAUUAAGACGUCAAAAUAGAAGAGAGUUUUUAACAUAGAAAAAAUUAUGAUUAUGAUUUUAAC